GCCGAUGGCGCCGCCCUCUGGCUGCAGGCGCGACUGAAGCCGGCGAUCCCCGCCUCCUCUCUUGGGGUUCCCGCAAGAAAGACACCCGGGGAUCGUGCAGCCGGGCCCGCGCCUCUUUGCGCGCGUGUUUCCCAAAUAGGGCCUCCCCAGCCCCUGCCGCCCUCGCCCGUGGGCUGGCGCGCCACCCCCACACUUGGGCUCGGCAGCCGCACCCCGCUCUAUGUAGCGCCCUCUUCCCGACCCCCGGCCCCGGCCCUGCCGCCCGCCGCCUGAGCGGGGAGACCGCCCGUCCCGCCGUUCCUCCGCCGCCACCGCUGCCGGCACCAUGGGUAGUGAGCAGAGCUCGGAGGCCGAGAGCCGACCCAACGAUCUGAACUCCUCAGUGGCCCCGUCUCCAGCUAAGCACAGAGCCAAGAUGGAUGAUAUUGUGGUUGUAGCCCAGGGCUCCCAGGCUUCACGCAAUGUCAGCAACGAUCCUGAUGUCAUCAAGUUGCAAGAGAUUCCAACCUUCCAGCCGCUUUUAAAAGGGUUGCUGAGUGGGCAGACCUCUCCAACAAACGCAAAAUUGGAGAAGUUGGAUUCUCAGCAGGUGCUGCAGCUCUGCCUCCGAUACCAGGAUCACCUCCAUCAGUGUGCAGAGGCUGUUGCUUUUGAUCAGAAUGCUUUGGUGAAACGGAUCAAAGAGAUGGAUCUGUCCGUCGAAACCCUCUUUAGCUUCAUGCAGGAGAGGCAGAAAAGAUACGCCAAAUACGCCGAGCAGAUCCAGAAAGUCAACGAAAUGUCGGCCAUCCUCCGGCGCAUCCAGAUGGGCAUCGACCAGACCGUGCCUCUGAUGGAGCGGCUCAACAGUCUGCUGCCCGAGGGCGAGAGGCUGGAGCCCUUCAGCAUGAAGCCAGACCGAGAGCUCAAGCUCUAGAGCCACAUGGCCCCUCUGCUGGCCGCUGCUCCCGGGGACAGAGCCCCGCGCCGCCGGGACCCUGAGGACUUGAGAACCAGGUGGUGUGACCAGGCCCGGGGCAGGUCGGGGGUCUUGGCUCUCCCGGAGGAGGGCGGGAAGCACUGGGGCUGGUCUGAAAAGCUGACUCGCCCCCCCCCACCCCCCUCACCCCUUCCUGGAUGCAUCUUCCCUGUGCAGCGCGAACUGAACUGCUUCUGUGACAGCCGGAGUUGAGUGAUUAGGAAUUCUCUACAGCACUCCUGUUGGGGAUUAUUUUUAUUUUGUUUCAAGUUGUUUUUUUUUGUUUUAAUUGAAAGUGUACAUUGUCUAGUCUAACUUGUGAGGUGAAACAUGGGGAGAAGGGGAGAGGUAUUGUAAGAAGCUCUCCGGGGUGUGGCUGUGACACAAGCACUGAUGAAGUCAGGCCUGUGCGGUUACUCUUCCUCCCAUGUGCAUCACAUGCGGGCCUCGCCCGGGGCACCCCCUUCCCGCCCCGGUGAAAUGCAGGUACUUUUGUUGUGUGCCGGGUUACUGUGCCCCAUAUGUUGUCUUGGGAAUCUGACGAUUCCUUUCUACACCCCCAUUGGGUUUAUCUCCCACUGACAACUGGUUUCCUUGGGGCAGACAUAGUUACGUCUCUUUAUAUUACAUCACUGACGGGAUUCCAGUUUUUGGAACAACAAUAAGGGUUUAACCAGUAGCUGUGUGACUCAUCUGGUGAACUUGGGGUGCUGAAGGGGUGCGAAGUGUUCCAAGGGAGGAAUCUCUUACUACCUAGUUUCAGGCUAACUGGGGUCCAGACCCUCUUGUGCCUCUGGUACCUUAGGAAGUGUGCCGGUACCUGCAGUCCCGCCGCCACCAUGGCAGUCCCUGCUGGCCUCCAGCCCAGGGAAAAUGCAGGUGCCCCCUCGGGCAGCGCUGUGAGAAUCACAUUUCUGGGUGAGUCUCCUGUCUGGGAGGUGGUGGUAAGCUGUACGUAGGCCAAAGGCAAAUGUGAAGAUAGCCUCUCGCGGCCUACCUGCCUUCCCGGAGAGUCUCUCUGAUGUCGGCACAAAGGUGGGGUUGUGGCGAUCGCUGCCAUGUUCAACAGGGCCGCUGCAGGUGCGGGGAGCACGGUGUGCCCACGGAAGGUGGUUUUGGGAUGUCAAAAAUAGCCUUCGGUGUAUUUAUUAUUUAUGAGAUUAAAAUUGCUCCCACUUCAUCCAGCAUAUCUCGGGUAAAUGUUACCCAAUUCUACUCUUGGAUCUUAAUCAGACACUAUGUCGUAGGUGUUGAAUGACAGAAGAAAUGUACAUCAAGCGAAUGAAAAAUAUUUUUUUGGUCCAUAGUGUAAAACUCAAUAGCUUCUAGGAUUUUCUGAGACCACAAAAUACCAAGAUUGUUCAUUCCCUCUGAGCGCGAAAGACAAGGCGGGAAUGAAAGCCAAGGGAAGCAGCCGAGGCCCUCCAGAUCCCACUUCUGUCCCCUGGGAACUGGCGCCUUAGGAGGGGUGGCAGAGGCCUGAGGAGAAUGUGGUCUGAGGGAGCCAUGGUGGCACUGGAAGCCAGGAGCUGGGAAUAGCGAGCUCCACCUUCAGAAUUUGCUGGACCACACUGACCUGACAUUCUGUAUCACACCCUUUGAUGGUCGAUUUUAGUUGGCGCCUUCACCCAUUUCUACAGUACAAAUCAGGAAAGAUGUUCUAUACCUUAGAAAUCUAUUAAUAGCUAAAGGCCGUUCUAGGAAACGUCAUGGGGGAAGGGGAGGCAGCAACACUUACUAAAUAAUGCAUCUUCCCCUCACUGAGCUGCAGUGCCCCUGGAGUUGCGUAUAAAAUUUCCACAUAAUCAAGGUUCUGACUCUGGCCUGUAUCUACUCCACGAUCUCUCCCUCCAUCCUGUUUCAUGCCAUGUUUUGUCCUUCGGUUUUCUUAUCACCAUUUCAUCAUGCCUUUUAAUAUCUGCUAUGGCUAGACUAGAUUCCAGCUAGACUUAGGAGUAUUUUUUCUAACUUCACUAUUUUUUUAAUUUCAGUGGGCAGAAAGAUUAUCCAUCUUUCCUUUGCCUAAAUUCACAGGAAGUGGCAUUUUUAAGCAUCACCUUUGUUCUUUUUUCGAGUUCCUGGAAUUCAUGGCACCAGCGCUGAACACAGGGAUAUGUUCAUAACUUUCGAAGAAUGAAGGGUUGGCUGCUUGUCUAUAGAGCUAUAAAAAUUGCUCAGGUGCCAUUAUCCUCACUGCAUUAAAUAUAAUUUACAAAUAAAAGCACAAACAAAUAAAAUGGGAUGCAGACUAAGCCUGCGAGGAUGGAGAUUUCUCAAUGCUUUUCAGCAGUUAAUAGACUGAAUGUGGCAAAAAGACAGAUCUAGCCUGGCAUGAAACACUCGCUGGCCAGUUCUUCCUCCAACUCCCCCUUCUUACGGAGAAAUUACAUAAAACAUGGUAUUAACUUAGAUUUUGGUCCCAAAUAGAUGUACUAGUUAUUACUGGGUAGAAACAGAAGAACAAUAGGUAAAUCGGACAUUACUCGAAAGAAUUGUAAUUCAUUUGAUAUUUAUGGUGUGUGAGGGUUUUACAACCUUGGCUAAGCUGAGCCAGAAUUCCCUUCCCUGUUGGUUUCUGUUCAGGGUUGGCCACGAGACACUGGCAUGAGAUUUGUUAGUGGAACUCGGGUGGCAGCUGCAAGUUGCCACAGGGGAGGAGCUGUUGCAUCUCCUGCACAUUGUCCUAGGCCUGCUGCACCCUGGGUGAGGCCAGUGGCUGUCCAACAGCCCCUCCAGCUCCCGGAGCUCUGCCUUCAACUCUUGCAGGUUAGGCCAGGAAUGGGACCUGCUUAUCCUUCAGCUGUGGCUCCUGAUGAGCAGCAAUGCACACUCCCACCUGCUGCUUGCAGGUUUCAAUGUCCUGUUUACCCUCUUUCCCAAACACCCAGUGAUUUCAGGUGAAAGAGCAUUGGACAGGGACUCUCUGACCAGCUCCUUUAAUUAAUGGCUUAAUUAUUCCACAUCAUCCCUGGCAAGAACCACCCUGACUCUGUAUGUGGCGUGACUACUCAUUUCACUCCUACUUUUUUCCAGUGGAUUCUGAGAAUCUGAUCUGCUGUUCUAAGAGACAGUGAUGACGAAUUUCUGCUGGUUAGUGCCCAGUCACCUCACAGGCCACCAGAGGAUGUUUCAGGGAUGAGAAAGCAGCCCAAGUGUCAAAGAGCCUGGCUGGGAGUUUCCUGACUUGGUCUUUGUCAAGUUCAUUUGAUUUCCCAGUGCCUGUCUCUACUCCCCUCUGGUGUGAGCUGGUCUGGAUGGACCUCAGGCCCCUUCGAGCUCACUGGACCCUUCAGCGAAGCUGACAUCUUCACCAGCUGCCCGAGCACUGGCCCUGGGUCUCUAUGGUGACUUUAAAUUCAACAAUUUUUCUGUCUAGUGGUCCCUUCUUUUAAAAACCUGUGUCUAGUCAUCUCUAUCCUGAACACUAUCAAAGAGGCCACUUGCUUUACUAGUUGAAGUGGCAGUUUGGGAGAAGCUGGCCUUCCCCCCUAUUAGAUGCCUAUAAAAUUCCAGUAAAUGAAUUGUGGGGUAAAGAGGUGAUUGUGUGGAAUUCAUGUCUGUUGCUUUACACAUACCAUGUCUGUUUCCCUCAGUUUCAUGUUUAGGAGCUUAUAUACGUAAAUUUAUAUGUACCUGUUCUCCCACCUGAGAGAAAUUUCUCAGAAUAUGCAGUAUAUUUUGAACAUAGAUUCCUCACCGGUGUUCUCUGCAGAGUAAAUAUUUGAUGAAAUGAGUUUUCAGGGCUCUAUACUCUGAAGUAUAGGAAUGUGCUCAAGAAACGAGUUAUUUUUAUGGUUAAAGUAGCCUCUGGGUAUUUGCUUUUUCCUCCAACAUACCAGAGGCUGGAAAUGUUUCCCGUACCUUUUAGGUACUACAGACAUGCUGUUUUCCAGGUUACAUAAAUUUAGGGCACUGGGGGCUGACGUGUGCCAAGUUCUUUAUGUUGAUUUAUAGUGAUAACUUAGCUUUGACACCUCCCCUAGCAAAACUCGGCCUCUUCAGAACUUAGCACACACGUAUAAAAACGCCACAGUAAUUCAAAGUUUUGUGUGCCUGAUUUGUUUAUACCUCAGCUAAACCCGGAUAUAUAAUACUCAGUAGGAAAUUACUGGAAAUGUUGAUACUAAAGAUUAAAGGGCAGAGUGAACGUGUGUAUGUGUAAGUGUGUAACUUUAUAUGUCAAGCGUCUUGUAAUUUUGACAAGUCAUUUUGCUUCUCUGUCCCUUACCCUGACAUUUCAUUUCCCAAUUAAAAGCGAUACAGGGGGCCUCCCUGGUGGCGCAAGGGGUUAAGACGCAACCUAUGAAGCAAUCCGCAGCCUCUGCAGCACGAGUUUGAUCCCUGGCCAGCCAGGGAGCAACUCGCAUGGCGCAGCAGACCUCUCCUGUCUCACCCGCUGCACCCCUCAGCAGUGUACUUGGGGUCAAUCUGCCUGUUCUGCCCCCCACUGUCUCUGAUGAAUCCUCUCACCCCCCACACCUGUGGCCUGUACCCCAGUUCUUGUAUGCAUAAAUAAAUCUUUAAAAAAAAAAGCGAUAUAGUGUCCCAGAGGAGGUGGCCUUGUUUGCUAUUUAUAGUUAAUAACCCUGAAUUUCUCACACACGCCAGACACGCAUCUUCCAUUCAAAUGUCAGGGCUACAGAGGGGAAUUGUAACUGGAUUAUCUACAUGCUUCACACCAAAAACAAAAAAAAAAAAAGCAACCCCCCUUGAACAAUGAAAUUCAGGUGCUUCUAGUGUGUGACCUGUGGCACCUGGUUGCCUGCAACCCUUAUUCUAAGGGACACUGAGGGUUGUAUGUGCAUAGAGGACCCGUGGGAAUUUACGGAUGUGCCAAUUAUUUUUUUGCCUAUCAAGAUGUGUUUCUACUGCUACCUUUUAUUAUACAGCGAGGUCUGAUUUACAAAGUUUUGUGAACCAAGUGCUUUUCACUGAGUUUUCAAAACUCAUAACUGAGCAGAGGGAACCAGACCACAGCUGACGCACAGUCUCCCGUAGCCAAGGCCUCUGCCCUGCAAGGUCACGUUCUGCAUUCCCGAUGGGACAGCACUGGGGAGAACGCUAGUGUUUAGCCAGAACCAAAAGGAUGAAAUUUUAUCAGCCCAAUUUGAUGUCUCUGGACAUAAACGACGACUAUAUGACUGACAUGUUAACGGUGCUGUCAUUUUCCAGUUGAUUUCGCAACACUUUAAAGAUACAAGCGAGUAUAAUUAUGCUGUACAAGGAUGAAUGGGCCCCACAGAAGGCCAGAAAUAACUUACUUCCCUCUCCCAUUUAUAGAUGCGGAGUAAUACUUAGAGAAAAGCACAAAUUUUGUUUACUACACUCAAAACAUUCCUGCUUCGUGUCAGAAAAACAAGGUUUGGAGGGUUACAAGUUCUCAUCAGCUGGUGCAGGAGGAAAAACUUACUUCACGUCAUUUCUUUGACGGGAAGGCUGUUUCAUCCAGGGCUCAUUUACAUUUUAUCAGGUUUUCCUCAGACAUCUACACCUUCCCUGUUCCCUUUAGUCUGUGUGCUCUGAUUCAAGUUCUCAGACCCAAACUAGUCCUCCACCCCACUCCCCACCCGGAGCAGGCUGUCUCCAUGAACCCCAAAUUGGUCCGCAGUUGAGUAAUCACUGGCUUGGCCUUAGGUCUGUCCAAGAUCUACACCUCCUCAUCCUUCCUCCUGCACCUUCCCGCUGCAGGCAGAUGUACUCCACUCCUUUUAUUCUUUCCCACUCUCUCCUCCAUUUUCUGCCAGGUCCAAGACAGCUCGUCUUCGCUCAGCUAACCCAAUCCUCCGUGCUUUUCUCUUUCCUCAAAUCGGAACUCAGAAGGCUUCGCAGCCAACUUACAUGCCAUUCCCUGCGAUUCUCUUUAUCGACAUUAUUCCACACGCCUGCACCGAAGGUAAAAGUUUUAGUCCUUUAAUGACUAAUUCUUUAUUAGCUAGCGGGUGAAACAGCUUCUCGUCUUGUAAAUCGUGAUGGCCAGGGUCACGUUAUGCAGAGGUCACGGAGGCCUAUGUGGCAAGGACAGCUCUUCAAUAAGCCAACCCUGACUGACAGGGGCUUGAACAGCAUGCGUCUACUUACAUGCAGGUUUUCCUGAAAACACACCAUGGACAUGGAUGGUACCAAUAAACACAGUGCAGUUAAACGUAUUUUGCCUAUGAUUUUCUUAACUUUUUUUCAGUCUUAAGAAUAACAUAUAUAGGGCCUCCCUGGUGGCGCAGCGGUUGAGCGCUGGGUUGCGAAGCUGCCCGCGGCCUCUGCAGCGCCGGUUCCAUCUCCGGCUGCUCCCCGGCCACCGGAGGAGGGUCCCACAUGGCGCACAGACCUCUCCUGCCGCCCGCUGCCCACCUCAGCAGUGUACUUAGGUCCUUCUGCCUGCUCUGCUCCCCGCUCUGGCUCUGGUGA